CGCCCAGCGACUAUUUUUCCUCCCGUCUCCGGCGAUUGACGGAGGGAAGAACUCGGGCAGGCGGCGACAGCGAUUGAAGGAGAGAACGACCCAGCGGCAACGGCGACGGCGAUUGACAUCGAUGAUUGUGACGAUUCCAGCGACGAGGGUUAGAGUUUUGAAGGGAAGCGAUGGCGUCGAGCAAAUCUUUGUUUGGGCGUAAUGGCGUCGAAGCUGGCAGAUCUUGAACUCUGUCGCUGCGGACUCGGGUGGGGGAAGGAACAGAGAUGUGAGUUUUUGGUAGGUGGAUCGGGUGGGGGAAAGAAUGAAGAAGGAGAUGGUGUCGCAGACUUGGAGCUUCCGCCGCCUCAGAGGAACCAGGGCUAGGGUUUUACUAGAAAAAUGGGACGGGCUUGAGGUUGUUUGGGUUAUGGGCUCUGUGGUUGUGGGCUUGGGGGUUGUGGGCUUUGGGGAUUGUGGGUGUAAGUUCGGUUGGUCGGCUCGGAAAUCGGAAUUCGGGUUCUGUUGGACAGACCCUGAUUUU